AUGGAUUAAAACAUAGAAUAAUAACUAAAAUAAUAAAAAGAAUAAAGAACUAUAACCAUAAAAGGCUUAGAAUUUGUACCUUUUAUUUCAAAAGAAUAAUUAGAUUAAACUGUAACAAGAGUAGCUGGUUAAAUAUCUAGAGAUUACCAAGGUAAAAAUCCUGUAAUAAUCGCUAUUUUGAAUGGAGCUUUUAUGUUUGUCUCUGAUUUGGUAAAAAAGAUAAAUAUUAUAGAAAUAGAAGUUGAAUUUUGUAAAGUAGCUUCUUAUUAAGGAACUUAAAGUACAGAAUAAUUAAAAAAACUAAUAGGGUUAAAAUCUGAUAUUAAGGAUAAAGAUAUUAUUAUAGUAGAAGAUAUUAUAGAUACUGGAUUUACUAUAAAUUAACUAUUGAAAUAUUUAAAAACUAAAGAACCUAAAAGUAUAAAAGUAUGUACUCUUUUCAUAAAAGAAGCUAAUAUAAAACACUAAAUUUAAGUAGAUUAUAUAGGACUUAAAAUAGAUUAAGAGUUUAUACUUGGAUAUGGUUUAGAUUAUGAUGAAUAUGCAAGAAAUUUAGAAGAUGUAUGGAUUUUAAAAAAUUGA